UUUACUGUGUUUAGGUCCUUGUUUAUAUGAAUUAAAUACAAAUUUGUCGAUUUAAUUUCUACACAAAACCAAGUUAAUGUAGAUGUUUUAUUCAAAAAGUCGUUUACUACAAAUUACUAGAGCAGAAACAAAUUAUCUUACAAAAUUAGAGCAACCUUAAAAAAAUGACACGGACAUUUGUUAUUAUUUACAGCAUUAAAUUACAGAACUAUAUAUACUGACAUUGUAUAUCCAGAAUACCUUAAAUACUUUCCCUGAUAAACAAAUCCAAAGGAUACCUUCAGAUAUGGGGAAUGAAACCUCAAAAAAGUCUAAAAAGUCCUAUGCCUUCGAAAUUAUAGAUGAGCGCGAUGAACUUAAUCCAGAAGACGUAAAGCAAAUCGUUGCAUCAGAAGCUGAUAAUGCUAUUUGUUCAAUUGAAACAAACACUAAACUUAAGAAUGAACCACCUCUUCCUGAUACCAGCCCAACAGAACUAGAUGAUAAUAAAGGUCUGGAGGAACCAGAAAAUAUAAAUACACAUCACUCUGAAAAUGAGCAAAAAGAAAAUUCACCACAUUCAAAUGAAAAGUCAAAAGAAAAUGAAACAGGCAAUAAUGUAACUGAACUAGUGGAUACUAUCCCAAUCGAGACAGACACUGCUACAGUCGUCCAUUCGAAACUAUCUUGUCAGAAUGCGGAGGCUGCAGAAAAACUAACAUCCGAGGAAGUCAACCACGAAAAUCAAAAUACAGGAGAAUGUACGUCAGGCGAAAUUAAGGACGAAGAAAAUAUAAGAAUUAAAGAGAAGAAAAAGUCCAAGAAAGAAAAAGAUUUUACAAAGCGGAAAGAAUCAAAGAAAAGGGAAAAAUUAUCAAAGAAGGAGAAAAGGGUUAGCAAAAAGGUUUCACUAAAAGAGGGAAAGGAAACCAGUAAUAUGAUAGUAAACGAAAAUUACGCUAAUGUCAAUUAUAUUCCUUGUCAAGACACAAUAGGUUUUGCUAAACAUAAAGAUGACGGUGAUAAAUUUCAAGAUGAAGUUAACAAAGAGAAUGCAAACGAUUCAGCAGAUAUUAGUCAGGUACAAACACAAUUUGGAAAUAGUUCGGUAUUAGCUUCUAUGGUUACAAUAAUUACCGAACAAUCAGACGAAAUCAAAAACAUCGACGAACAGAGAGAAAAAAUACACGACGAUAAGCUUGAUGCUACUUUAAGUCCAACGAUUUCUUCGACAGAUACAUCUACAACAAUCGAUGGGAAAAUGGACAUGAACCGAAAGUGGUCAGAACAGAAUUCAGAAGUUCCACAUAAUAGUAGCGUCGAAGAGGAAAACAAUUUAGACUCAAAUAUCAAUAUUAAGAUAGAAAGUCCAAGCAAAGAAGAUAAAAACUACCUUCAAGAGGCAUUCGACCUGAUUGAUGCAGCACAAAGUUCAAUUCCUUCUACAACUGCAGAAAACAAUGAAACCACGCAUGGUGACGGUGAUCCGAAAGCAGAUAUAACUCUGUCAGCGAGAAUUAGACGAGAGUCUCAAACAAUAUUAGGUGAAUCAGUCAUUGAUCAUACCAUUUCUGAUGAAUCGUACAAAAUUUCAAAUGCUGAAGAUAACCAAUUAAAAACAAGCGACACGGAUAAUAAUGGAACAGCUCAGAUUCACCCAGAGCUGCCACAAAAUGUUGUAAAUCGGAUAUUUAACAACAAUAACAACACUAUUACUGAAGUUGUUAGUAAUGGAGAUAGUGUUAAUAUAACGAUUACAACAAUCAACAACCUCAGCGAUGGAGUUGAUGAUACGGUGGUUCUCAGUCAUGUUGCAUCAACAAUGAACAAUAAUCAAAAUGAGAGUGUUAAUGAGACAAUUGUUUUGAAUCCUUCUACCUCAACCAUUAACAGCAACUCAAUUGUUAGUGAUGACACUGAAACAACAGAUAGAAGAGUUUCAGAUCAGUCAAGUAUAAUUAAAGAACCAAAAGAAACAGGUCGAAGCUAUGAAAGUGAGAAUGCCAAAUUAGACACUGACAUCAGCAGUGUAGCUACAGAGGAAAGUUUAAAGAUCAUUCCUACUGAUAAUCAAAACAAAACGAUUAAUGAAAAUAACCCUGAUGACCAAAUUUUAGUGACUGAGAAUGAUGUUUCAGAAAGUAAAAAUGGUAAUGAUGAUUCAGAUAUUAAUAUUUUAAAGAAAUCUCCUAUGGUAUUAGACAAAAGUGAUGAAUUUGAAAGAAAAAAGAACAAAAAACAAAAGGAGGAAGAAAAGAAAAAACAAAAAGAAAACAAAAAGAAACAAAAAAGUACAAAGAAAAAAGCGAAAACAGAUAAAGAAAAGGUAGUAGAUGAAAGUAAUCUUGAGACUCCAGUAAGUAAUCAGAUAUUGAACUCAUUUUGCGAGGAAACUGAUGAAAACAGUAUUAAAAGUCAAAAGGAAACAUCAACCUCAAGGGAGAAUGGAGACAAAAAGCUAAAAAUUACUCUUUCAAAAUCUUCAAGUAAAUCUGAUGAUGAAAAAAAGAAGAAGAAAAAGAAAGAAAAGAAAGGCAAAGGCAAAACGAUAACACCGUCAUUAGUUGAAACUCAAAGGGAGAUACCUAUAGCUAAUAAAGGUAUUUUUGAUGAUGUCCCAAUAGAAAUAGAAGUCAACGAUGAAGAUGUUGUUUCUCUGUCUUCUCUCUCUUCAGAUGAAACAGAUACUUCAAAAUGCACUGAUGAUAAGGAAAUUACACUAAAAGGGAAUUCGAAAGAAACGAAAACGGACUCUCAUCUACUUAGUGUGAACGAAGCUAACACUAGACCAAAGAGUGACGAAUAUGUUACACUAAGUGUCAUUAAAAAUAAUAAGGAGAAUCCAACUGUUAAAACACAACAGGCACAAAUUGAAGAUACAUCUGAAAUAAUUGAGUCCCCACUGAAUAACGCAAAUAAUGAAGUAACUAAACCUGAUGUGUUAAACGAUAUUCCCAAAACACCAGAAAUUACAUCUGAUAUUUCAACUUCCGACUCUCCUACCUUUGCGGAAAGUGAAAAUUCAAACCAAAAGAUAAAAUCAAAUAAAGAAUCUAAAAAGAAAAAAAGAGGUUCAAAAUUGUUACUCUUUCGCAAUAAUUCUGACGUUUCUAAAGUUGAAAAGGAUAUUGCGACACAAGAAGUUUCAUUUGAACAAGAUCCAACAACUGAUUUACCAAAAGAGAGAAGACGGUCAUUUUCAGAAUUUCUUCGACCGGUCUUUGGUAAUAUAUUUUCCAAAACAAGUUCUACCUCAUCUACAAAAACAAAACAAAAAAGGACCGCUUCAAUAGAAGAUCAGCAGCCAAUAGAACAAAAAGAUACAGGAUCAAAGGAAUGAGCAAUACCCUGAAAUUACUGUAUACUUCUACUGGUGCAUUUCUGUUUGUUGUUGUUGUUGUAUUCUAUGUUAUGAUGUUUUUCAUUUUUCUGUUGUUUUCUGUGGCGAAGGAGUGCAAAAUUAUGGCCAUCGUCAAAAUUGAAUAUCCAAAAUUGUAAAUAGAGAAAAAAUUGUAAUCACCUAUUCAGACGACAACUACUUAUUUUACGACGUGAAAAGCGCGCCAAAAUUUAAAGGGUUAGUAUGACGUCUUACCAAACUAAUUUUACAUAAGCGCAUUUCCCCCCGUAAUAAAAGGGGUUAUUUUUUCUACGUGCAAAUUUCUUAACAGUUAUUUUGGCUACGCGAAGUUUCCCGUGGAAACAUGUUAUUUUUUAUGCAAAUUUUAUUUGGGGUUACUAUAGUCAAGUAUAAUAAUACUUAUUAUGAUUCAAACAGGUAUAAAGUUGUAAUUUUUGUUCGAAAUAUUAUUACCAUAUUCAAAAUGUUCUUAAUUCUAAAAUAAAUAGGUUGGGUGUACAUAAUUCACUUUUAAAUUGAAUAUAUGCGAGAGUGUAUGUGGUGUGUGUCUGGGUAAUUAUGUUUGUCAAUGAAUGACUUGUAUAUUAAUGAUUCACGAUCAAUAUGUAAAUGUAAAUUUCAAUCUGCAUAAUAAAAAUAUAAAUUGUA